UCAUUUUUAUUUUUUCAAAGGAAACAUGGGUCGUAAAAAGGUGCCUUGCCCAUUGUGUCACGUAUCCUAUAUGAAUGUGACAGUACAUUUAAGAGAUGUACAUAACAUUGCAAGCAGCAAGGAGCGAAAGCUCCUCGUUUCUUGUAAGACGGGCCGGUUUGCUGGUCCACUAGACUGCCCAAUCACUGAUUGUCCUGCAAAACAAUUAAUUCGGCUAGACAAGCACCUGCAACUAAAUCAUGAUAUAAGUGUUGAAGAGAUUAAGACCACGGUUCACCAAGCCAAAUGUGCUGCUGCCAAAAAGGCAGUUUUAAAGCACAGAGAAGAAACAAAGGAGAAAGAUAAUGAGAUGGAAAUAAUGAAGCGCCGAAUCGAGGAGCUUGAGUGCCGCCUUGAGCAAUUUGAGGGGCCGAAUCGGGACAAAUCAGGCGAUAGCCUAGUAAUGCAUAAGAUCUUCUUCUUUGAUAAAAUUCUUCCAGAUUAUAAGGAGAGCUUAUUCCGUGUUGGUGACAACAGGAGAAGAGCUCAAAAUAUGAAGCAGGAGUUAAAUUAUGUCAAUGGCUUCAUCAAGUUCAUGUGGGGCUCUUCAAUGAAAACAGCACCUGGUCACCUGAAAUUUCUUAAUGACCACAGUAAAUUAAUUAACUGGGUGAAGGAUUUGUCACAAAAAUUUAAGGUCACGACCUGCAGAAACUAUCUGCUUUCAGUUUGCAAGUUUUUGCAAUUUCUCAUUGAUAGACGGCCAACAGCUGUCCGCCUUGGCCAGAGAAUUUUACAGGGUCUGCUACGGCAUUUAAAAAUGCAAAGAAGUGCCAUAGCUAAAGAAAUUGUAGUGCACAGGCAAUGUGUUAAAGAUUAUAAAAGAAAGAGGAUGCCUACCAGAGACGACCUAUGUGACCUCAUCACGGAGCUACGGAGCAGAAUUCCAGAUGCUCUUGGUAAGCGGGCAGCCUGUGACCCCUGCAAAUUUCUUAAAUAUGUAAAUCUCAAUUGCAUAAUUUCUGGUAUUGUGGGGCUGCGUUUGUUUAAUUAGCUGCCCAUUGCUAUGUCACGAUGUCAC